AUGACUAUGUUCAGCCCUUUGCGAGACCCCGACGACUUCGGCGACGUCUUGCAAGAUUUCGAUAGUAUUGAACUUGAGAGUCAAUCGAGUAAGCAUUCGCGAACGUCAAACACACCUUCUCACGACCUCGAAAGCCAGCGUCAAAUGCCUAAGACAUCCCGUUCAGUUUCCAAGCUCUUGACCUUCUGCUGCUUGUCCAACAAUAGAGAAAGCAGCACCGAAAGAAGAAAGUGUAACAUGGACACGUGUCUCAGCAUCAGUCUGAUCCUCAAAAAUUCGUUCUGUGCAAUUCUUGCUGCCGGGAUAAGCUGCCUCGUCAUCGCCCUCGUGAUCCUGGUGAUCAGGAAUACACCAGAUGUCGAUGAGAUAAUCAAGAAGAUUGCAGGUAUCGCUGAAGCGCUGGGACCUCAAGACGUGUUAAACAAAGUUACCAUCCUACUCCUCGACCGAAAUGAUCCGUACCCCAACAUCCCAUGCCAUCUCUUUGACUCACAAAAGCACAUCCAGAUUGAUCUCACUUGGUGUUCUCAAGAAUUUAUCGAGCGCUAUGGAUACGGGCCAACUCAACUUGGCCAAAUGAUCUCGAGCAAUGCUCUCGGACUUGCCCAACCUGCCAGUCAAAGAUGGAACUGGACGCCGGAGAUGAGCGAUCUCGGCCUACAGCGUAUCCCUGUUUGUUUUUAA